CGUGGAUGCUCCGCGGCUGUGAACAAAAUUUGUUUUGGUCAAGAAAAUUUGGCAACUUUUUUGACAGCACCAAGGCACAUGACUUGGGACAAAGGAGGACAGAGACAGAAUACUUCCUGUCCUGCAACAGAAUAGCUUGAAAUCAAAGCAUUUAAAAAAACCAACACAGCCUUAAGCAUGCUUGCAUACAGUGUAGCUACGAAGUCGUUCUUGCAGCGAAAUGCUCGAGCAAUUGUGUGCAGCAACAAAGACAAGACAAGGAAGUCAAACUCUCGUUAUAGGAUUCGCAAAGCAGCUCGCACCUAUAUUGCUUCUGUAGGCUUUGGGACGAUUAUCUUACUGUUCGGUUUUAAACUGUUUUGCGAGCAGAUCUGGGGCUCAUCCAGUGAUCAACUUGCAUGGAACAAAAAUUCCCAUAUUGUGACAUCACGUUCAAUUUUGUGGCAAGCAGGAGAAAAUGAAACUAAAUGUUCACCACCAAGCAUUCAAGAGUUUCCAACAGAGCUCUUUUCAAUAAGGCAGCUCAAGCAUGGUGGUGUUCUUUUACAUAUUGCUGUUUCCGUGUAUAUGUUUAUAGCUCUUGCAUUUGUUUGUGAUGACUACUUUGUGGCAUCCCUCGACAAGAUUUGCGAGCAUCUCAAGUUAAGUGAAGAUAUUGCUGGUGCCACUUUCAUGGCAGCUGGUAGUUCAGCACCAGAAUUGUUCACCUCAUUAAUUGGUUUGUUUAUUGUGCACGGUGAUGUUGGAACUGGGACAAUUGUUGGCUCGGCAGUUUUUAACGUUCUCAUUAUUCUUGCUCUUGUGAGCCUUUGGGCUGGCCAGGUCACAAGUCUCACACGGUGGCCGCUAUGCAGGGAUAGCAUCUCCUAUUGUAUCGCAGUUAUUUCUUUGAUUGUGGUGAUGAACAAUGGUCAGAUUACUUGGUAUGAGAGCUUAAUCAUGUUGCUGUUAUACGCAGGCUAUUUAGCUGUGAUGAAGUUCAACAAAAAACUUAUGAAGCUUUUCAAAGUCAGGUCUCCUGAAGAAGAAAUUGAAGAAGGGAACCAGGCUCUUGAUCAGCAGAGAGAGGGCACUCCAGGGGAAGAUGAAGCGGCUAUCUAUCGUUGUGGAAGCCCGGAAAGUUAUGAACUUGUGGCAAAAAGAUUACGAAGGUUGACAUGGCGUGAAGUUGGUAUGAUGAUUAUGUUGAGCAGUCAAUUUCCUCCUGCCACAAGGUUCAGGGCUGCCUGCUACAUGAUCACCCUUCGCCAGGAGAAUGAGCACAAAGGGUUGCUGGAUAGUGGCGGGGAGAGUGAAACUGAAAACAACUCGAAGAAAACGGCGAAAGAACAUGAGAUGGGAAGCAUUGAUGUGCAAAUAGAAGGAGGCCCUUUUAUGGAUCAAGAUCGAUCUGUUUUUGGCUUGGCAUUUUGGCUGUUUUCCAGACCAAUCAUCAUAUUGUUGUAUUACACCAUUCCAGAUUGCAAGAAAGAAAAGUGGGAGCGGUUUUAUCUUGCAACUUUUUUCAUGUCGAUUGUAUGGAUAGCUGUCUUUUCCUAUAUCAUGGUUUGGAUGGUAACUGUUGUUGGUUUUGUGCUUGGCAUCCCUGACGUAAUCAUGGGAAUCACCUUUCUUGCCGCUGGCACAAGCAUCCCUGAUGCGAUUGCAAGUCUCAUCGUUUCAAGACAGGGGUUGGGCGACAUGGCCGUCAGUAACUCAAUUGGUAGCAAUGUGUUUGAUAUCCUGAUUGGCCUUGCCUUUCCGUGGUUCAUCCAUACUGCAAUCAUUUCUCCAGGGUCAGAGGUUAGCGUCAACAGCCGCGGAUUGAAGUAUUCGGUUAUUCUUUUACUCGGCUCAGUCUUGUUGACGGUACUAACGAUCCAUGUGAAUAAAUGGAGACUGGACAGAAAAACCGGUGUGAUUUUCACACUAUUGUACUUAAUAUUCGUAACUAUUUCAUGCCUGAUAGAAUUUAACAUUUUUGGAUUCGUAAACCUUCCCGUUUGCUCGUUGGUAUAUUAACGCAGAGACUUACACACUCUACACUUUUAGUUUAUUCUUGGGCUGAACAAAAAAUGACAAGGCAUAUGCAUUAUCUAAUGUCUUUUUACUGUUCCGAAAUUGCAGCUUAAGCAUUUUAUCAAGGUAUUUUAUCAAGGUAUAUCAAGCUUUCAUUCAAAACAGGCAAGUGGUUCUAAUUUGUCAUGCAUCUAAUUCGAAAUCAUAUCGCAAAUCUUCACAAUCUUGCUGAAUUAAGCCCCGAUUCAUCGACAUGUUGUUAUUUUGUUUUCGUUGUUUUCGUUGAAUCUGAUUGCUGGUACCAAGCCCCUAGCUUGAAUUUCAUACAGAUAAAGAUAUAUCUUAUAUGCAGUCCAUGCGUAUAAGCUGAUGCAGAUUUAAUACCCAGUGGAAAGUUUGGUCAGUUUAAAGGAUGCCUGAUCUUGAUUCGAUUCAUUUAUGUUAAGAAUAUAUUCAGUUAAUUUAUAGUUUAUCUUAAGAGAAACACGAAAUGAUUUCUAUGAUCAUCAUCCUGCCUUUCAUCCGCAAAUGACACCUUAUGAUUGAUUCUAUGGGUUUAGUGAGCACACUGUUUCUUUUGCUGCUUGGUCGUCCAUUUCCCGGUGAUGUUUUUACAGCGUUUAUGAUAUCCGGGGGGACCAGUACUGCCACGUACAACAUGACAUCCCCACCUACCACCUUAAAAGUUUAUACCUACCCUCAGCAACUCCAUACAUACAUGAUUUCAUUUUCCUACAGUGUGAACGUUACUGAAAAUCUAGUAAUUAUUUGCGUGAAAAUACAAGCGGUAAGGGGUAUUUGAUAAGACUACUAUUAUAGAAGUGGGGUAUGAUUUUUUAAUCUGUCCUUUUCCAUUUAAUCAUACACUCUAAAUAAGAUCGCGAGUAAUUAUUAAAAUCGUUGUAAAUCGAAACACUUAUUAAACGUUAAUUAACUUUUCCCUAACAAGGAAGAGAGCGUCUUUAAGUUUUUAAAUCUUCUGUAACUUUUGAUAACGUUGAACCUAUUCAACGGCUAUGUUUUAACUUUUCCCUGGCAAGAAAGGGAGAAUCUUUUUGUUUCCAAAGCUUUUUCUGUAACUUUUGAUAACGUUGUAGGAUUCUAAAUUCUAAACUGUACAUAACUGCAGUUUUUGUAAUAAUUAGUGACUGAAUAUGAUGUAUGUAUGCUUUUUGUUAACUUAAGAUAUAGAUAGAUGUCUGCCUUGAAA